AUGAGUGAUGAAUUAUGGAAUGACAUCCAACAUAUGGAAUUGGGUCGUGAACUCUUUAUUCCAUAUCAUGCUUAUGCUGGAGCUUUUGCUUCUAAUAGAUUAAGUCAUCUUGGAAGAAUUCUUAAUCCUCAAACUCAAAGUGUUGAAAGAGCUAUACUGGAGUUACCUUAUCAGUGGGGCCUAGGUUCUCAAGUUCAUGGACAUAUCCUUGAUGACAGAGGAAUACAUUCACCUUAUGUAUCAGAGAGGACAAUUGAGUUCAUUGCAAGUACUUUAGGUGAGGUUGUGGCUAUGGAUUUCAAUGAAGAAACUACAACGCAGAUUACCUUCAUUCGAGUCAAGGAUUUAGAUGAUGAAUCAGAAGUGAUGGUAAUUCCAGAGAGGCAUGAUGGUGAAGGCUCCAACAGCCUCAAUCGAUGGGAUCAAGAGAUUAACUCACAAAAUUCUAAUAUCUCAACGUAUUCACCUCUGCAUGAUUUUCCUGUUGUAAGCUGGAAUUUUUAUACUGCAGGCAACCUACCUCAUCGAUUCUCAUCAUCUUCAAACUCAUCUACUCCUAUAGCUUCAGCUAGUUUUCUUGCAGCUUCAGGAUGGAGACCUACAACUAGACCUACCUAUGAAUUUGGUGAGAGUUCCAAGCGAAAGAAAGGAAAGCAAGUGUGGGAAGAUCCUGAACGCAACAUCCGACAGAGACGUAUGGAACUGGGGAUAAGGUUUUAUCUGGUGGAUGGUGAGGCUCCUUAAAUUCUUACAUGAAGGGCUUAAUAUUAGAGUAGAAUCGGUUUUAUCUACUCUAAUGAUACUUGUUUAUGGGAAUCAAG